GCACGGAUGCAGGGAUGGUGAAGCACUGAGGAGAGGAGAGGCUGGCUCCUGCAGUUGGGGUCUGGCUCCGGGUUUUUCAGCGGCCUCUAUCGCUGCCUGCCGUCAGCGCAGCAUGAAACAGAAACACUAUGGCUGCCAGUCUGUCUCUUACUCAGCUCUCCAGUGGAAACCCCAUCUAUGACAAAUACUAUCGUCAGGUUGAUCCGACUGGCAGUGGGUGGGUGGCAGCAGCUGAUGCAGCUCUGUUCCUGAAGAGGUCAGGCUUGGCUGACCUGAUCCUGGGGAAAAUCUGGGAUUUGGCAGACUCCGAAAGAAAGGGCUCACUUAACAAGCAGCAAUUCUUCAUAGCCCUGCGGCUGGUGGCUUGUGCUCAGAAUGGCCUGGAGGUGGCACUCAAGAGUCUUAAUGUGGCUGUUCCACCCCCCAAAUUUCAUGACACCAGCAGCCCACUGUUAGCAGGAGGAGUGGCCCCUGACCUGCCCUGGGUUGUCAAGCCUGAGGAGAAGAUGAAGUUUCAUUCCAUCUUUGACAGUCUGGGCCCAGUCGGAGGGAUGCUGUCAGGAGACAAGGUCAAGCCCGUCCUGCUUAACUCCAAAUUGCCAGUGGACAUCCUGGGCAGGGUGUGGGAGCUCAGUGAUCUAGACAGAGAUGGCAUGUUGGACAAAGAUGAAUUUUCUGUGGCUAUGUAUCUGGUGUACAGAGCUCUGGAGGGAGAGCCUGUUCCCAUGUCCCUGCCGCCUCCCCUGGUUCCACCCUCCAAGAGGAAAAAACCUUCGGUGCCUCCCGUGAUGCCCCUGUUACCCUCGCCCCCCUCUGUCAAAGACAGUCGCUCCUCCCAUGCUGGCUCUAAGACCAUGCCCCACCCUCCUAAACCCACCCCAGCUCCUGUCCCUGCCCCUGUCCCUGUCCCUGUCCCAACACCAGCAGCUGCCCCUUGGGUGGUGUCGCCAGCAGAGAAAGCCAAAUAUGAUGAGCUGUUCAACAAGACAGAUGCUGACAUGGACGGCUUGGUGUCUGGACCUGAAGUCAGAGAUAUAUUCCUCAAGACUGGGCUGCCCUCUGCCACACUCGCACGGAUUUGGGAGCUCUGUGACAUUGGAGACAUAGGGAAACUGACUCGAGAGCAGUUUGCCCUGGCACUUUAUCUAAUCAAUAUAAAACUGACUAAAGGCACAGACCCUCCACAAAGUCUGUCCCCAGAGAUGAUUCCUCCCUCUGACAGACAAAACAUCAAACAGAACAAUGCAGUUAACUUAGCAGCCGACUUCUCUGCCAUCAAGGAACUGGACACGCUUAGUAACGAGAUUGUUGAGCUGCAAAGGGAGAAGAGCUCUGUGGAGGAGGAAAUCAAGGAAAAGGAGGAGGCCAUCCGACAACGCAGCAGCGAAGUGCAGGAUCUUCAAGAUGAGGUGGCGAAGGAGACCGAGGUGCUUCAGCAACUCCAGGCUCAGCGCCAGAAAGUGCAGGAGGCUUUAGAAGAGUUGGACCAGCAGAAGGCCUCCCUGGAGGAGCAGCUCGUUCAUAUUCGACAGCAGACUAACCAAGAGACCCAACUUAUCACAUCACUGCAGUCGGAGCACGAGGGGCAGGAACAGAGGAUAUGUCAGUAUGAGGAGGAGCUGGUGCAGGCACGAGAGGAGCUUUUGGCUCUGCAGGAAGAGAGCAGGAGACUACAGGAGAAGGUCCAGGCUGCUCAGGAGCAGCUCACUCCUCUUCAGGAGUCUGUGCGUGACUCUUUCACACAAGUUGCACAGGUUCAGCAGAAACUGAAUGACCUUCAGGUGGAGGAGCGAUCAGUGACUGCUCAGCUGAGCUGGAAGAGAGCCCUUGAGGACAGCUCUCCUGUCAUGGUCAAUGGAUCAGCAGGCCCCACCGCAGAGCUCCACCAUGGGGACCUCUUCCAGGGGGACCUCUUCCAGGAGGACCAGCCCAAAGAACUGAAGGUGGAAGAACCAGCUGCUGUCUGCAGUCAGCAGAAAGAACAUUCAGAUCCAGAGGAGAAAGGAGGCUUGAAUGAGAAAGAAGAGGAAGACGAGAAGGAAGAAGAGAGUCCAAAGGCUGGGGAAGAUGAAAAGCUGAAACAUGAUGCCUUGGAUGAUCUCUAUAGUAGUCUAGCCUCCUCUGACAUGUACAGUCUGUCGACCCUUGUCAAGCCAUGGGAAAGCAAUGUUAGGGAACACAGUAGCCCUGCUCCCGACAUCUCCUCUGAGGUCAUAGAUGAUGCAAAGGGGUCACCCAAGGAGAGCCCACCAAAGGUUUCAUCACCAGAGCCAGAGAGCAAACAGGAUCCUGCAGAGCCUACAGAAACAACCACCUCCUCCUCUCCAAUUCCGGCUGGCCCUCGCUCCAUGCCACCACAGACCAGCCCUCCCUCCCUGCCUGAGAUGGAUUUCUUCCAUUCAGACCCCUUUACUGACCAUGAUCCUUUCAAAGAUGAUCCUUUUGGAAAAACGGAUGCUGGAGCAGAUCCUUUUGGAGGAGAUCCAUUCAAAGGCUCAGACCCCUUUGCUGCAGACAAUUUCUUCACACAGACCUCCAGCACCCACUUUUCUUCAGAGGACCCUUUCUCUGCUUCAGCUGACCCAUUUAGUACCACUUCUGGCAUGCCAGAGCCAGACCUGUUCGCAGCCAAGAUGAACGAUACGGCAGCUGUGCCACCAGGCCCGGAUCCCUUCACCUUGAAAUCCACCAAUCCAACUGUAGCAUCUAAUGAUCCGUUCAGCUCCAAAGGGAACAACACACCUGAUUCAGACCCAUUCGGAGGCAAAAUGACCAACACAAGGGAGGCAGACCCGUUUGGUUCUCAAGAUGGCGGGAAAGAUCCUUUCAGCUGCUCCCCACCGAGCUCUGAUCUGGCAGUGAAGGACACGGCAGCAACCAAUGACCCUUUUGCCCCAGGUGGUACUACAGUGAGUGCCUCCUCAGAUGCAGAUCCAUUUGCUGCUGUGUUUGGCAAUGAAUCAUUUGGAGGGGGCUUUGCCGAUUUCAGUGCUUUGGCAAAGUCAAAUGGUGCUGACCACUUUGGAGUCGACAGCAAGAACCUCUUCCAGGAAGAGAGUCAACCUGCCAGCUCUGAUGUGCCCCCAGCCCUGCCGCCAAAAACGGGUACGCCAACUAGACCUCCUCCUCCACCUCCAGGUAAGAAAUCGUCCAUCCAUAGAACAGAGUCCUCUGACUCCUUCCAUCGCCGAGGGAACUUCAUCCCACAGACUUCGGGAGACUUCUCCUCCUCUUCCUCCUCUUCCUCCCUGCCUGCAAAGGAUCCUUUAGCCGACCCCUUCGCCCCCUCCUCCCCUCCUCGCCGCAACGUACGGGAAGCUGACGGAUUUGCCAGCUUUGACAAAUAUCCAACCGAGGAAGACAUGAUAGAGUGGGCAAAGCGCGAGAGCGAGCGAGAGGAAAAGGAGCGACUCGCCAGGCUCACCCAGCAGGAGCAAGAAGACCUGGAGCUGGCCAUCGCUCUCAGCAAGUCUGAACUCUCCUGAGGAGGCUCCAGUCCCCUCCACUGUUGUGGCUCGGCACGGCACGGCACAGCCUGACCCAGCCCAGAAAGCACCAAAGGAAAGUGGGGAUUGUAUAGGACUGAUUCAGCAUCACCUGCUGACCCCAUGAAGAGACUCAAAACUCAUCUGACUCGUUCAACCCCCCCCUUCUUCCAUGACUGUCCAUCCUGUUGGUCUCCGUGGUUUUGAUUGGACGAGAGGACCGAAAUGGAGUGGUUUUUUUUUUUUUUUGUUUUUUUUUUUUUUAAAGAAUGGAUGUUUAAGUGAAAACUGUUAAAUUGUUAACAUCAUCAUCUUUUGUUCAUUUCAAAAGCAGGCAGCAAAUGCCACAUUAGCUCCCCAGAAUGUAAUUUAUUUAAACAUGCACUCAAAACUGGUCCAGUUUAUACCUACUAAACAAACUCACUACAUUUCAUUAAGUCUCAGCUCUCUUUGUGAGGGUUUGAUGAGAUUUUGGUAAUUUUGCUAAUUUUCUAGAACCUAGAAAUUCCCCUAAUUUUUGUUUUGCUCUCUAUUAAGCUUCUGAGGCAACCACAGUAAACUGGGGAAAUACAGGGGUUUUUGUGAGUUCUGUUUCUAAUAAUCUGUAGUCCCUUUAUAACAGAGCGUGUUUUGUUCCUCUCCCGUACAGUGGCACAGGGAAGAUCAGAUUUUUUUUUCUUUUCCUUGAACAGGUCAGCAUGAAUCACCAUUUCCAUGUGUUUAACUGGAAGCUACCGGUCCUGUAAGAUGUGAAAUGCACUUGUGGGUUUAUGCUAAAAUGGAACAAAUCUACCACAGCUACCUUUUCCUUUCAAAUUUCAGUCCUACUUUUUCACUGUAGCAUCUGUCUUGUGAGUGUUAAAGCAUUGAUUUUUUUUUUUUUUUUUUUUUGUUUGGAAGCAAUAAGGAAUGAAACUACAGCCAUUACAUUUUAUGAUGACAGAUUGGUUUGCAUUAAAUUAGGGCACACUACAGUAGUUUGCAGAACAGAAAGUACAUGAUUUGUUUUUCUAACAAGCAAGCUAAGUUCCUCUCAAGUACUUACAAUCUUUAAAUUGGUCUCAAAUGUUCAAUUUAUUGUGAAAAACAUUGUAUAAAUAUGUCCUGACAUGAAAGAAUGUACGUUUUUGAUGUAGCUCCAAAACUGGUGAGAUUAACAAAACGUAAGUUUAAAAAUAUAAACGGGGUUGUCAUAGAUGACUGUAAAUGUAGAUCCUACCUAAACUGAUCAUUAAUUGUGUUGUUAAUCCUGAUUGAUCUCCCUUAGGGAAACUCUCAAGGGCUCCUUAGCAGCAUGGAUGCUGAAUGGAUAACUACAGUAUACAACUGUGCAAUUUUCAUUUUACCACAUGAACAUUUGGUUCCAUCUCAAAAUGUGCCGCAGUCGGUGCUUCUCUUGUUACCGUGUGUACGAUUUUUUUUUGCUUUUCUAGUUUUUCCCGGAGGCAUUUCCUCUCUGAAAACGUGCUCCCUGGAUUUCAGAGUCUUACAUGAACUCAGGGGAAGUUGUUUGGUGUUUCUGCUUCUCAUUAGAGGGCGUAUUUUCUGCCCGUGCACCUCAGUCUCUGCAGGGAUUUAACUUGCAAAAGACCUGCUGAUGCACUGAGGUUACACACUCAUAAUGCACUGCGUCCUCAAGCCAGUUAACACCCACACAGCAGCUGGCCAACCAGCAAAGCUCUUUCACUAAACAUGACAGAAGGUUUCUGCUGGGGGAAGACUAGAUUGAAUUGCAGGAGGCCUUUGUUCUCAUUUCUUUAGCUCGUUUCUUAUCAAAAAAUGCACAAAAUUUUGGACAGCUCUUCCUGUUCUUACUUCUUUAAUGUGUAGCAAGCAAGUAACUUCUUCUUCUCAUGUCUCACCAGUUUACUGUCUGUGGUUGAUACAGCACUUCCUACUGAGAGCGCACACUCUCUCAUAUUGACGUUUAUUGUAA